UAUUCCUCCAGAAGCGGGACUGAGGCAGGAGUCUGCGAUAGAGGAACCACCUGCAGACAGCAGCCGCGCUCUUUCUCCAGCAACGCCUCAACAUGUUACGGAUUUGAUUCAACUGUAUUACCGACAGAUAUUUCCUUCAUACAGUGGGUGAACACACACUGUCGUGGAGAUGCAACAGUUUAAGAAUUUAUCGAUUUGUCUCAUUUGCCUUUUAUGCGGGUUGACAACUGGAGGGUCUCCUAGUGUUCAAAUUGGGGGCUUGUUUCCGAGGGGAGCUGAUCAGGAGUACAGCGCAUUUCGGAUCGGAAUGGUUCAGUUCGGAACGGCUGAUUUUAGACUGACGCCUCACAUCGACAAUCUGGAAGUAGCUAACAGUUUUGCUGUAACUAACUGCUUCUGUUCUCAGUUCUCAAGAGGAGUUUAUGCUAUUUUUGGAUUUUAUGACAAAAAGUCUGUGAACACAAUAACGUCGUUCUGCGGGACACUUCACGUCUCUUUCAUCACACCAAGCUUUCCCUUGGAUGGAAAUCAGCAGUUUAUCAUUCAGAUGCGACCAGACAUCAAAGGACCUCUCCUGAGUCUCAUUGAGUACUACAAAUGGGACAAGUUUGCCUACCUGUACGACAGUGACCGAGGACUUACUACACUCCAAGUUGUGCUGGACACAGCAGCAGAGAAGAAAUGGCAGGUGACCGCCAUCAACGUGGGCAACAUGAAGGAUGAGAGAAAGGAUGAAGCAUAUCGCUCACUCUUCCAGGACCUAGAAAACAAGAAGGAGCGGAGAGUCAUCCUUGACUGUGAACAGGACAAAGUUAAAGAUAUCAUGGAACAGGUCAUAACUAUUGGCAGGCAUGUGAAAGGAUAUCACUACAUCAUAGCAAACCUGGGUUUUGUGGAUGGAGAUCUUUCAAAAAUCCAAUACGGUGGAGCCAAUGUGUCAGGCUUUCAGAUUGUGGAUUUUGAUGACCCCCUGGUAUCUAAAUUUGACCAGCGCUGGGAAGCCCUGGAGGAAAAAGAAUAUCCUGGAGCUGACAGCAAGAUACGGUACACUUCAGCACUGACGUAUGACGCAGUUCAGGUGAUGACUGAGGCCUUCCGUUACCUGCACAAACAGCGAAUUGACAUAUCCCGCAGAGCUAACAAUGGGGACUGUCUGGCCAAUCCUGCUGUACCAUGGGCACAAGGGGUGGAGAUUGAGCGUGCUCUAAAACAGGUGAGAGUUGACGGUCUCACUGGUAACAUUCAGUUUGACCAGUAUGGAAAGAGGGUAAAUUACUCUGUCAAUGUCAUGGAACUGAAAAGCAAUGGACCAGUUAAGAUUGGCUAUUGGAAUGAAGUUGAUAAAAUGGUUGUGACAAAGUCUGAUCUCUUCCCAAAUGAUACAAUGGGGCUGGAAAACAAGACUGUGAUUGUCACCACAAUUCUAGAAGCGCCGUAUGUAAUGCUAAAGAAGAAUGCUGACCUUUUUGUGGAUAAUGAAAGAUAUGAGGGGUACUGUGUAGACUUGGCAGCUGAAAUAGCAAAACACUGUGGGUUUAAAUAUCAGCUGAAAAUAGUUGGAGAUGGCAAAUAUGGAGCCAGAGAUGCAGAGACGAAGAUCUGGAAUGGAAUGGUUGGAGAGUUGGUUUAUGGGAAAGCUGACAUAGCAGUGGCUCCACUGACUAUCACUUUAGUCAGAGAAGAAGUCAUUGACUUUUCAAAGCCAUUCAUGAGUUUGGGCAUCUCAAUCAUGAUCAAGAAGCCUCAGAAAUCCAAGCCUGGGGUUUUCUCAUUCCUGGACCCUCUGGCCUAUGAGAUCUGGAUGUGUAUCGUGUUUGCUUACAUCGGUGUAAGCGUGGUGCUUUUCCUGGUCAGUCGUUUCAGUCCAUAUGAGUGGCACACAGAGGAAUAUGAGGAUGGCCAGAUACAAACCAAUGAGUCAACCAACGAGUUUGGGAUUUUCAACAGCCUUUGGUUCUCUCUUGGAGCUUUCAUGAGACAAGGCUGUGAUAUUUCACCAAGGUCUCUUUCUGGCCGCAUAGUUGGAGGAGUUUGGUGGUUUUUCACCCUCAUCAUAAUUUCAUCCUACACGGCUAACUUGGCUGCCUUCCUAACAGUGGAGAGGAUGGUGUCUCCAAUUGAGAGUGCAGAGGACUUAGCAAAGCAAACAGAGAUUGCUUAUGGAACUUUAGAUUCUGGUUCAACAAAAGAGUUUUUCAGACGUUCCAAAAUCGCUCUAUUUGACAAAAUGUGGACGUAUAUGAAAAGUGCAGAGCCCUCUGUAUUUGUGAAGACGACAGCAGAAGGUGUAAUGCGGGUGAGGAAGUCCAAGGGGAAGUAUGCAUACCUCCUGGAGUCCACCAUGAAUGAGUACAUCGAGCAGCGCAAACCUUGUGACACUAUGAAGGUCGGAGGGAACCUGGACUCCAAAGGCUACGGCAUCGCCACCCCCAAAGGAUCCUCAUUAAGAAAUGCGGUUAACCUCGCAGUACUAAAACUGAAUGAACAAGGCCUGUUGGACAAAUUGAAAAACAAAUGGUGGUACGACAAGGGAGAGUGCGGCAGCGGGGGAGGUGAUUCCAAGGAGAAGACCAGUGCUCUUAGCCUGAGCAAUGUGGCUGGGGUCUUCUACAUCCUAGUGGGCGGCCUGGGCCUGGCCAUGCUGGUGGCCUUGGUCGAGUUCUGUUACAAGUCCCGAGCCGAGGCCAAGCGCAUGAAGGUGGCAAAGAAUGCACAGAAUAUUAAUCCCACUUCCUCGCAGAAUUCACAGAAUUUUGCCACUUAUAAGGAAGGGUACAACGUGACCUUUUCGGAUGCUAUGAGGAGCAAAGCGAGGGUGUCUAUUACUGGGAGUACUGGCGAGAAUGGACGUGUGAUGAGUCCUGAGUUCCCCAAAUCAGUACAUGCGGUGCCCUUUGUUAGACCUGGUGUGGGAAUGAACGUUAGUCUUACUGACCUCUCCUGAUGGAUAAGAACCCGCCGAGUGCCUUACACAAUGGUUUUCAAUAGAGUGCGUUAUAUUCUUUUUCCUGUCGCUCUGUCCCCAAUCUCUCACCUGAAUGGAGGACGGAGGCCUCAUUUGAUGUCACAGAGACAUAAUCCUUCCUUGGCCCUUUAUAACAAAAGAUGCACUCUUCUAUUGGAAAUACGCCGACUGACACAAAGACACUCGCUUAUUGAGCUGAUGACAUCUACCCCCUGUAACGAACAAACUUGAAACUCAUAGAAGCUCUGAGCGGGAAAGAGAGAAGUUAAUAAAGUCUGUCUGUUUUCAUAGCUGAUGCCGUUCCAAUGUCUAUUUUGGCUCAAACACACUUUACCAUCAUCUGCUUCAGGAUGUGAAAUGUCUUUUUAAUAAUAAAACAAACAAAAAUAAUCUCCAUGAAAAAGUAUUUUUAUGUAUUUUCACAGAAAUGGCUUUUAAAUAAACCUGCUUACAUACCAGUUUAUUAAAGCUGUAAAUCAUAAUCUCAACAUACUUUUAAGAGCUUAGCUACUAGUUUCAAAUUUCAAUGCCAAAUAUGUUGCUUUAUCUUGUAAUUUAUUAGUCCUCUUCUGAUAUAUUCAUUAACAUGUUGGUGUUAAUAUGAAAUAUCCGGCAAUGCUUGACAUUUGAAAUCUGUUUGAGUGGGUGCCACAGUUAUGUUCUCUUACUUUCAUAAACUUGUUUGGUUUCAAGAAUCUGUUUGUAUUUUUCAUUUAUCAAGAAAAUCAGGGUAGCGGU